UGACAACUUUGUGCUUCAGAAAAGCAAUCUUCUGGAUAUCGCAUCAAUUGAAACGCGAUACGUUCAAUCAUUUAUUUGCCAUGUCAGCAACCACGUGGCAUUCAACUUUGUUACAGUCAUACGGAUAUUUGCUCUUUCUGCGUGUAGUGUUCUUUCUUUUUAUUUGAUAAAAAAUGCAAUUUCACCGAUACAUUACAUGGUCUCCAAGUUUCAAAUCAAUGUGAAAAUCUUUAAACGUUUGUGUUUUUUUAAAGAUUGAUUUUCUUUUGGAGGAACUGGGCACAGAAAAGUAGAGAGACGCUUUCCCUUUUACUUUGUCUGUAUAUGCACUAAUCUUUCUUUGCUUGACUGGGUUCUUUCCUCAGCUCUCUUUUAAUUCAGGGAAAGCAGAAAAGUCUGAACUUCAUUCUCUACUAUAAUUUUCAAGAGUUGUGGAGCAAGUAUUAUUAGUGCGGUGAUUCUCUAUAACACUAGCAAGAAUUAAACAGAUCUCAGAAAUGGGAACAAUUGGAAAGCAAAAGUGGGAUGAAGAAUGUUCCAUCAUUGGAGACAAGCAAGAGAUUGGCUUUAUUGAUUUUGAGGAUGAUAGUUCUGUGUUUAACUAUGACAUGGAUGAAGAUGAGCCCGUUGUCAUAUCCACCCCAUUCCCUCCCAUAAGAGGAAAACCACAAUCUGCUCUUAUUGGAGGAACAUCAAAAUGUUCAAUCACUAUAAAGAACACUACUAGUGAUCCAGUAGAACUUUGGGGUGUUCGGAUCUUCUGCUCUAAUCCUAAAGGCUCAUACACAUUGUCUCUGUUGGAACCGCCAUCAGUCCAUUCAGAUGCUGCAUAUGUUCAAAACUUUUUGGAAUCAGAUUGUCUUGAAGAUAGAGUUCUUCAGCCUUACCAGACUCUGACCAUUUGGUUAUCUUGCAAACCAAAAGAACUGGGUUUGCACACAUCUGUGGUUUAUUUUGAUGUAGGUGAUGAAAGGAUUGAACGUUUGGCGUUUCUACUGGCUGAAGAUCAGGUUUCCCAGUCUUUGGCUUCAGGCAAGCCUUAUUUAAGAGCUCCAAGAAGAAAACAGUUUGUUAUUGAUGAGCAUUGUGGUUCUUCUCAACCGUCAAAGCCAACAAAACAUGAAUCAAAGUAUAAUUAUAAGCUUCCUGAAUACAACAUCUCAAAUGAUGUUAGAGAAUUACUUCAGAACAAACAAGUUCCCGAGACUCUUAUGGAAGGUCUAAGGAGGGAUAACUAUGUCAGUUACUUCAGUACAUUAAUUAAUAUGGAAGAGCUGCAUUUAGAGAAAGAAAUGAGGUGUUAUGACAUGGCCUGCAUCAACUUAAGGAGGAAAGGACCUCACUUGGUAUCUGUAGAGGUUCUUGGACUAGCUGAGAAAAGGCCAUCACUCGUACAUGGUGACAACGUUUUUGCAAAGCUUGCAUCUGGAAAUGCAGUUAAUAAUAUUACAUACAAGGGCCGCAUCCACCGUGUUGAGGCAGAUGAAGUACUUAUAAAGUUUUCGGAAGAAUUUCACACCAAUCACUGGAAUGGGAAUUUGUACAAUAUUUGGUUCACAUACAAUAGGUUGAACAUGAGGAGGCUGUAUCAAGCUCUUCAUGCGGCAGCUGAUUUAGAUACUGAUCUUCUUUUCCCAUCUCAAUCAACCAAAAGAAGAUUAAUUAAAACAACCCCAUCUGUGCAAGUUACCUCUAGUCUCAAUAAAGAGCAGAUACAUUCAGUUGAAAUGAUCCUUGGUUGCCGAGGUGCUCCACCUUUUGUGAUAUAUGGUCCUCCAGGCACUGGUAAAACAAAGACUAUAGUGGAAGCCAUCUUACAAAUAUAUGCAAUGAACAAACGUGCCAAGAUACUUGUUUGUGCUGCUUCAAACAGUGCUGCUGAUCAUAUACUAGAGAAGAUCAUGAGCAAUAAUGUCAUCGAAGUAAAAGAAACCGAGAUAUUUAGGCUAAAUGCUACAAGCCGUCCUUACGAGGAUUUGCAGCCUGAUUACCUUCGGUACUGCUAUUCUCAGGACAAUGUUUUCAGAUGUCCUCCUCUCAAUGCCUUGCUGCUUUACAGGAUCAUCAUUUCCACUUAUAUGAGUACUUCCGUUCUUCAUGUUGAAGGGGUUAAUCAUGGUCAUUUUUCUCACCUAUUCUUAGAUGAGGCUGGCCAAGCUUCAGAGCCAGAAAUCAUGGUACCUAUGGCCAAUCUUUGUAGAAGUGAAACAGUAGUCGUUCUAGCAGGAGAUCCAAAGCAAUUAGGUCCGGUUGUGUAUUCGCAAGAUGCAGCCGCUUUUGGCCUAGGGAAAUCAUAUUUAGAAAGGUUAUUUGAUUGUAAACAUUACUGUGAUGAAGAUGAAUCAUUUGUGAUCAAAUUGGUUAGGAACUACAGAUGUCAUCCAACCAUUCUAGACCUCCCCUCAAAGCUCUUUUAUAAUGAUGAGCUACUUCCAUGUAAAGAAGAUAACUCUUCCUCCAAAUAUUCUCAAGUUGACUUCCUACCUAACAAAGAAUUUCCUGUACUAUUUGUUGGCAUUCAAGGAUGUGACGAGAGGGAAGGCAACAACCCGUCUUGGUUUAACCGAAUUGAGGCCAGCAAAGUUGCCGAGAUAAUCAGAAAGCUAGUUUCUGUUACAGUAUUAAAUGAGACAGAUUUUGGGGUGAUUACACCAUACCGCCAGCAAGUGGUGAAGAUCAAAAAGGUACUUGAAGCAUGGGAAAUGCAAGAUAUUAAAGUAGGAAGUGUAGAACAAUUUCAGGGGCAAGAGAGAGAGGUUAUAAUUGUAUCCACUGUUAGAUCUACUGUCAAACACAAUGAGUUUGACAAAAUUUACAGUCUGGGAUUUCUUAGCAACCCAAGGAGAUUUAAUGUUGCUAUUACUCGCGCCAGAUCAUUGCUUAUCAUUGUUGGGAAUCCACAUGUAGUCUGUAAGGACCCCUAUUGGGACAGGCUUUUAAGGCAUUGUUCUGAUAACAACUCUUACCAGGGUUGUCCCCUGCCUGAAGGGCUAGCACCAGACCCUGAAGAGGAAGACUAUGGUCGAAUCGGUUGAUAGGAGAAACCUGAACCUGAGUUGGGUUUGAGAAUCCUUUCCAUUGUAAAGCGUGGGAUGAAUCAUUUCAAUUAGAAGAAACUCCUGAUGAUUUAAAACAGAUUUGCUAACUACAUAGUCCUGAAGCUAUUAUCUUCGUGUCUGAGUGUUUAUGUUGAUUACAUUAACAUAUGGAAGCUUUUUACAAUAUUUACUUUAUAUGUGCUCUCAAAACAUGUUUCAUGAUCUUAAGGACUUCUAUUUCCAAACAGGUUUGAUAAACUUAUCUUAGUUAUCAGUGAAUAAGGUUUUAACUUUCUCUAAUUACUAAAAUAAAACCAUCGUUGCAGUUGUUGUACGCAUUUGACAUUGUGCCUACUUGUCAGUCCCACAUGGAAUGUUUAUGAGAAAUGGAGGACCAGUGUGACUAUAAAUAUAUAGCGAAACCGCAGUUAUAACAUACUUACCUGGACGGGGUUAAUGGGCGAUCAAGAAGGCCCAUGGCCUAAGCUGGUGACCUCCAUUGCACUUAGGAGGGGUGCCUGCUUAUGGUCUCCCCAAGUGGGAGAGCCAACGUCAUAAUUUGUGCUAGUGGGGGCCUGCGUUCGCGCGGCCCCUU